AUGUCGAAGAGACAAGCCGACGUGCCUUUGGAAGAGGAUUUCCCUGGUUCGCCAAUACCAAAGAAGCUGCGAGUGGACAACGAAAACUAUGAAAGCACAUCCCGCAACGGCAAUGCGACCGCGCACGAAGCCAGCGAUAACACGAACGGCGUGAAUGAACCCAGCAACGACCAGCCAUUGACCAAGAAUGGGUCAGAAGUUCAGGAAUUUACUUUUACUGACUCAAGAGAUGAUGUCUCGGAGACUUCGGACAUUGACGAAGAACUUUCUGCCCUCAGCGUUCCCAAGCGUCAAGCACGGCCUGAAGAGGGCUACGAUGACCUUUACCUCGAUACUGUCAACCGAGGUGUUCUGGAUUUCGACUUUGAGAAGCUCUGCUCUAUCAGUCUAUCCAAUAUAAACGUGUAUGCUUGUCUCGUCUGUGGCAAAUACUUCCAGGGUCGGGGGCCGAAAUCGCAUGCAUAUUUCCAUUCUCUCGAUGACAACCACCAUGUGUUUAUCAAUAUCGGGACAAAGAAGGUCUACGUCCUACCGGAAGGGUAUGAAGUGAAGAGCAAGAGCUUGGAUGAUAUCAAAUACGUGGUUGAUCCCGUAUACACAAAGUCUGAGGUCGCGAAGCUAGAUAGAGAGGUUCACGACGCUUGGGAUCUCUCUGGAACACGGUAUCGACCAGGUUUUGUGGGAAUGAAUAACAUCAAAGCGAACGAUUACCUCAAUGUAGUUGUUCAGCUUCUAGCACAUGUUCACCCGAUUCGAAAUUUCUUCCUUCUCCAUCAGUUUCCGACGCCCGGGACACCGGAACUCGUCCUUCGCUUCAGCACCCUUGUACGGAAGCUGUGGAAUCCCAAAGCUUUCAGGUCGCAUGUUUCACCUCACGAGCUGCUCCAAGAGAUCGCCCUGCGAUCCUCGAAGCGGUUCACCCUCACCAACCAGUCCGACCCGGUGGAGUUCCUUUCAUGGUUCCUCAACAACCUACAUCUGUCUCUCGGAGGAUCCAAAAAGCCGUCCCCAACACCGACUAGUGUGAUACAGGCUUCUUUCCAAGGGCAGCUUCGCAUUGAAAGCCAGGCAAUCACCGCGCACUCAGAUACUCAGAAUGCCCGCCUUGUCUUCACAGAAUCCGGCGACAUAAAAAGCCAAAUCACGCCCUUCCAAAUACUCACACUCGACCUUCCUCCAACACCCCUCUUCCAAUCGGCGAAUCGGGAAUCAAUUAUUCCACAAGUACCCCUGAUCAACCUGCUCAACAAGUACAACGGUCGGGACGCAUCCGAGAAAAUGGCACAACGUGUUCGACAUCGACUCUUGCAUCCGCUUCCACCAUAUCUCCUUUUCCAUAUCAAAAGAUUCAGCAAGAAUCGUUUCGUGAGCGAGCGAAACCCUACGAUUGUGACCUUCCCCUCCCCACGCUCUCUGGAUAUGUCUCCAUACGUUGAGCCAAACCCAUCGAUUUGCUCACCGAGCGAACCGAUCCUCUAUGACCUUGUUGCCAAUAUCAUUCUCGACCCUGCUAUCGCUGCACCCGGUGCUACAGAGGACGCGGCUGACAAGGGGGUUAACGCCGCCUCUGGCGCUGGCGGAUCGUCAUCAGGAGCUGGAGCUGGCACUGAAAAGGUUUCGUGGCUUGUACAGUUGCAUGACAAAGCAGUAUCUGCUGAGAGUGCAAACCAUACAGGAGGUGCUGAGCAGCAGCAGCGCAACUCUGAAUGGCUUGAAAUUCAAGACCUCUUUGUCAAGCGUGCUGAAACAGAGACCUUGUUCACACGCGAAGGAUAUCUGAUGGUCUGGGAACGAAGGAAAACGUCCAGCUCCAAAGCCAAGGGCCGAGCGAAGUCAUAG